CAAGUCACAACUUGAUCCUCUGCCCUCAAUCAUUGACUCUUGUUUCGAUAUAUCGGUACACUGUCUAAGUGAAACGAUAAAUCAUUUAUUUCACUUUAGCUUUCAGGAUGGCCGGGGGAGGGCCUGUGAAGCGUGCUGCGUCGCCGAAGCCGAUCUCACCACCACCCAUUCGGCGGAAAGUCGAUUCUACAGUGAAAAAGACUGUUGCAACUUCAUUUUUCACGCCAGCAUCGAAAAAGAAGCCCGAACCAAUCACAUGGAGAAUUGUAAACAACUCUUUGAUAGUCGGCAAAUUCUCGCCGGAGUCAAGUCAAGAACGAAAAGCCUCUGACAAGCCACGGAUAGCUGCCUUUGAUUUUGAUUCAACAUUAGUCUCCACGGCAUCGGGGAACAGGUUCCCCAGAAAUGCGGCCGACUGGAAGUGGUGGAACCAAGGUGUUCGUUCGAAGCUGCAGAAGCUCAACACAGAUGGAUACCAUGUGACUAUCAUUUCAAACCAGAAAGCGAUCAGCCUCAAGAAGGAUAAGAAAGGCGACGAUUCCAAGAGCCUGAUAAACUUCAAAGAGAGAGUCUCGGCUGUGAUGAAGGAGCUUGAUUUUCCGCUCAGUGUGUACGCCGCGACGGAGGAUGAUGAAUAUAGGAAACCGAGAAUUGGAAUGUGGCGAGAGUUUUUCGACGAUUAUGAUCUCGAUGUAUCCGGGAUUGAUACGCCCGCAUCGAUAUUUGUUGGUGACGCCGCUGGACGACCAACAGACCAUUCUUCGGUCGACCGUGGAUUUGCAGCAAAUGCCAGCAUACCUUUCAAGACACCUGAAGAGUUCUUUCUCGAUGCUCCCCCCGAACCGGUCGUUGAAUCUUUUGAUCCAUCGGUGUAUCUAGAGUCUGAUUCCACCGACGAUGUGUUGCCACCAUUCUCACGAAAGAGCCCGUUGGAGCUAGUGAUAUUUUGUGGCAGCCCGAGUGCUGGGAAAUCAACCUUCUAUUGGAACUACCUCAAACCACUAGAUUAUGAGAGAGUGAACCAAGAUAUCCUGAAAACCAGACCGAAAUGCAUUAAGGUCGCCAAAGAGCACCUCGCGGCCGGAAAGUCUGUUGUUGUAGAUAACACAAACGCCGAUGUAGACACGAGAUCUCAAUGGGUCGACGUCGCGAAGGAGGCCAAUGUCCCGAUCCGGUGUGUUUACUUCUCUGCGCCUCUGGAGGUCUGCAAGCAUAACAACGCAGUCCGCGCCGCAAACACAAGCCUGAACCCCGAGUCCCGCGCUCUCCUCCCAGGCAUUGCGUUCGGCGACUUUUCCCGCCGAUUCACUGAGCCCACUCUCUCUGAAGGCUUCCAGGAUAUCAUCCGCGUCGAUUUCCGAUUCCGCGGCGAUGAGGAGGCCAAGAAGAUAUGGAAACAGUACUGGAUAUGAUCCGCGACGUCUGUCCUAGCUUAUUAUAUUUUCUGGGCUGCGGAAUGGCUGGACUAGAGUAGCGUAGGGUUGGCCGUUUCCCUCCCUAUACUGUCGCAUAUACCAUGGUACUCAUUCUAUCUAAUGUAUUGAAUAUCCUACGAGACCAAGGAAGGUAGGGUCAGAUCGACGACGAUGAGAGUUGAGAUCUAGAUGCGAAUCAUCCGGCCGCAUCUCCCAUGGACUAUGGAUCAAAGCACCCAUCUCUGUAUCUAUACAAAAGAACUAGACGCCACAAACUCAGCUGAAAAUCCAAGGAAAAGCACCUACCUAC